AUGUUCAAGAAAUUCUCAAAAGAGGAUAUCCAUUCAAGGUCGAACAUAAAGUCCUCUGUCCAAAGAGGCCUUAAGCUGAACUUCACCAAUUCAUAUCCAAAACUAGAGGGAGCAAUCGACAAUAUAAUACCGAAGAAAUCGCAAGUUAUCUUGAUCAAAUGUGAAGGAAAAAUUCUGUUAUAUUCAGUUAACAAGCAAGCAAAUGAACAAGACUCUGACUCGAAUUCUAACUCUUCUAAUGAGAUUGUGUUGUUCCAACAUUUUGACGAUAUCGUUCCUACUUUGAGGAUUGUACAUAAAUAUCCCGAGUUGUUUCCUCGAGUUCAAGUAGAUCGGGGUGCAAUUAAAUUUAUUUUGGGAGGUGCAAAUAUCAUGUGUCCCGGAUUGACUAGUAAAGGUGCUCAAUUACCGGAAGAGGAUUGGGAAGAAGGUACCAUUGUUACUGUUUAUGCAGAGGGGAAAGAAAAUGCAUUGGCAAUAGGUAAAUUGACAAUGAGUAUUAAUGAUAUUAAAAGCAAGAACAAAGGCGUUGGUAUUGAGUUAUUACACUAUUUAGGUGAUGGAUUAUGGAACCACAGUGAGAAUUGA